AUGAUUCUCAAGUUCCAACAAAACUAACGCCCCGUGAACAUACACAUACCAUGCUUAUAAAUAGUACACAAAUAGAAGUAACUAUGAAUUUGAUUGAGAAAUAUUUGCCCCCAUUCAAACUUCGAAACAAAGAUACAACUCAUUUAACCCUAAUUUCUUUGAUUUCGUCUGCAAUUAGAAGUUAGAAGGUAAUGAAAUUGAUAAUAAUGGAGUCUUAAUAGCUAGAAAUUUCAUUCAUAAAUAACUGGUCUGGGUUUAGUGAAUGAGAAGAAACCAAAUGAAUGACAGUGAGGAAUUGCAGAUAAGAGGUAAGAGAUUUAGAUUCAUACAACAAAUGCGGACGGUUUGUGAUGUUUGUGAGACUGCUGUUGCGGUUUUCUUCUGCCCUGCUGAUGAAGCUGCUCUUUGCCUUUCUUGUGAUCACAAGGUCCAUACGUGCAAUAGACUUGCAAAUUGCCAUGUAAGGUUAAGGCUCUCAGCACCAAAACCCUUUUCUCGGUGUGACAUAUGUGAGAAUGCACCAGCUUUCUUCUAUUGUGAGAUAGAUGGGACUUCCCUCUGUUUGCAAUGUGAUAUGAUGGUACAUGUUGGAGGUAAACGAACACAUGGAAGGUAUCUUUUAUGCAGGCAGCAAGUUGAGUUACCAGCUUCAAUUUCCAUGGAUCACACCCUCGCUGGAAGGGAAACGAACGCCAACGUACAAAGUCACAAGAAUCCGUCUUCAGUUUUAGCUCCAACCCCUCUCGGUAAUGAGCAGACAGAUAGGAAAAUGAUCGAUUUGAACAUAAAACCUCAUCGCCUACACGACAGUUCCUCAAACAGUCAGCAAUAAAUUAUCAAACUCGGAACUACAUUGGGAUAUAUACUAGUGAAAGCUAGCUUGUACGAUCUGUUUUUCGUAAGGUAACUACAGAUUAUUUCAUUUUUCGAGAUCAUCGCCUUAAGAGGCUACAUCAGCAGUACAUCAGUGUCUUUUAUGGGUUGGAUUUUUGGUUUCGCUUAGCGGAUUCGCGUAUGGGUUUAAAAGCAUCAAUGAAUUGCGUUGCGUUUGUAAUCAAUCUGUGCUCGAUUUCUGUUAUGAAUUGUAUGACUUAUGAUGAUCAUAGAUAAAUAUAUUGUAGAAUUCCAUGCCUAUUGGGAAGUAUGAAGAAGAGUGGCAUAAUUUGUAUAAGCAAACACUAGUUUAUCUUGUUAAUUUGAUGAAGUUUUUGAUAACUUAUGAAUUUUCCAUUAUUAUUUUUGAGUUAUAA